AAGAUGCAGAUAUCCCACCGGUCUGCGCAGCAGUUUGCUGUCAUGGUCCUUUUCGUCUUGACAACCGUCCGGAGUCAACAGAAUGAAAACCGCCGGGCCGUGACCGAACACCAGCUGAUGCACGACCGUGGUCGAAACAUCCAGAGUCUGAAGAGGCUCAUUUGGCUCUCCAGCGCCAUUGAAGGACUCCAUACCGCGCAGGCCCGCUCGGCUGCUUUCAGCCCCACAAAGAUCCUGGAGUCGGCUCUGAAUCCGGUGCUGGUCCGUGCUGCAGGGAGUUCCCAGCCUGCUCAGGUCCACAACGUCCUGAGGGACUUCUUUUACCCUCACUUGGCUCAUCUGUUGGAGGAAGAACCUUAACACCACACAGAUGCACAAACAAA